UCUUGGCAGAGCCGGUGGCCCCGAGCGGUGGUGCGGUGAUCCACCCACCCCACCCCUGGACCAGGCGACCCCCGGAGUGGACACCGCGCCUGUGCAUCGGCCUCAGCCUCGCGCCAACCUUGUUUUCUCUCGGCGUGCUUCCCGCACUAAUAAUAAUAAUAAUAAUAAUAAUAAUAAUAAUAAUAAUAAUAAUUCUCUGCCUAUUUUCUGCAGACAUGGAAACCAGCCUAAUCGCACUACUAACAUGUGCAAAUAAGCUGAAUUCUAAGGGGUCCCAAAUUUCAAUUAUAAAUAAGGAGAGGUUUGGAAAUCUAAUGAAUUAUGAGUGUUAGAAUUCAAUUGGAAAGUGCUGCUGGGUUUUCCGCAUCGCUGUACAUGAUCUGCUUAAUAUUUUUUUUUACCCCACAAGGGGUCAGAACGUUUCCUUUGGAAACUUGAAGCGGAUUUGUAACCUAUCAUGUUUCUUGACCUUCUUAGUAGUUUUUCCUUUCUCUGGUUUGUUGGUGACAGCAUUUAUGUCUUCCCCCCGAUUCUAAGGAUCAGCUGAUGAGUUGGUUAUGAACGCAACUUAAGACCUCGCUCUAUAAACAUUCUAAUUAUAUGGAGACACAAUUUUAAUAUCCAGAGAUGAAAACCAGGACAUAAACAUGAAGUUUUUCUUUUAAAAUCAUUUCAUGUCCUAGUUUACUUGGAGGUCAACAUUUUAUCGUUUCUCUAGCAUUGUGUCACUAGGAGAUUCUCCGCUAAUAACCAUUGAUCACGUGUUGUAUUAAUUUUAGGUAAUUUAUACAAAUAUAAUGUCCAUCAUUUCCCAUCAUGAGUGAUUUACAAAUGGGAGUUUGUAAAAUAAUUUUUUUUGCAUCUGAAACGCAAAUCUCGCAUCUUAAAAUGAGUUGUAAGAUCUGCUCAAAAUUUUAAUUGUUUUCUCUAUAAUCGGUACAAGAAUAUACUACUAUAAGCAAAAGUACAAAAACGAUAUAAUUUUAUACUACCUUUUAAAUUACACUGUGGGCAAGCACAGAUUCUUAUUUACGACUUUGGUACUUCCCUCUCACAGCCGUAUCAUUUUUCAGAUUAUUGGCACAAAAACACACACACCGGGAUUUAUUCUUGCUUGUACCUCAGUAUUUUUGUCCAGUGUUACUUUUCCAAUUACCGACAUAGAAGCACCUUGUAGCAUAAAUGCAAACACUCUGACGGAUAAGUUUCUAACGCUGAGAUUAUUAACCAAAUGCCGCCUCUGUUCCUUCUAGUUCUCUGAUGACAUUCAUAGUUCUGAUGUCAUAUUUCACCUCUGAACAUGUCUGCUUCCGUCAGCAUUCUCCUUUGCGUCCUUGCUUGAUGCUUUCUGAUUCCGCAUGCAGCUAGAUGUCUCUAGGAUUUAGGAAACAGGAACCCAGGGGUAACCUUGCUCACUUCUUUAGUCAGAUACCCUCUGGGUAAAUGACAGCAGUUCGUUUGUCUGAAAAAUAAUAGUGGCGUUACUGUUUUGAACUCCUUCAAAGAGAUAAUUUGAAACCUGUGAGGUACCUUUUAAAAAAAAAGAAUAUAAAGCCAAGAAAUGCGUCAUUCCACAAACAAAGAACUGAUCCUUGGUAUCAUGGUGGGAACUGCCGGAAUCAGCUUGCUGGCCUUAUGGUACCACAAGGUCCGUAAGCCAAGGACAACAAUUCAUUUGCCUAGAUUUCUUUCUCUGGGUAAGAAAUUCGAUUCACUAACUUGGCGAGAUGAAACGCCCAGUGAACAAGGAACAUCCGUGGUCUUUCAGAGAAGGCAGCUUCAGAUACUGGAAAAGUUAAACGAAUUACUGACCAACAUGGAAGAACUUAAGGAGGAAAUCAGAUUCCUUAAAGAAACGAUUCCAAAGCUGGAGGAAUAUCUACAAGAUGAACUUGGAGGGAAGGCAGCAGGUCACAAGAUCAGUCCGCAGCACCGAGCCAGGAAAAAAAGGUUGACGACGGUUCAACGUGCAGCAACAAGUAAUAGUUCAGAGGAGGCAGAAAGUGAAGGAGGGUAUAUGACAGCUAACACUGACACAGAAGAACAGAGUUUCCCGGGCCCUAAGGCUUUUAACACGCACAUAGAGGAACUGAAGUUGGAUGUCCUCCUUCAGAAGGUAGACCUUUUACGGAUAAAUGAGUCUGACAAAGUGCAGAGUUUUGAGCUGCUUUGUGACCACAAAGAAAAGUUUAGUGAAGAGAUAGAGUUUCUGUGGCGGCUUGCCCGUGCCUAUGGAGACAUGUAUGACCAAUCUACAAAUACACAGGAAAAGAAACAUUAUGCUAAUAUUGGAAAAACGUUAGGAGAGAGGGCUAUCACUCGAGCACCCAUGAAUGGACACUGCCAUCUGUGGUAUGCAGUUUUAUGUGGUUAUGUAUCUGAGUUUGAAGGCUUGCAAAACAAAAUUAACUGUGGACAUCUAUUCAAGGAGCAUCUAGAUAUAGCCAUCCAGCUCUUACCUGAAGAACCCUUUUUGUAUUACCUCAAGGGAAGAUACUGUUAUACUGUCUCAAAACUCAGCUGGAUUGAGAAAAAAAUGGCUGCCACUCUGUUCGGGCAAAUACCAUCGUCAACGGUUCAGGAAGCUUUGCAUAACUUUCUUAAGGCUGAAGAAUUGCAACCUGGUUAUUCUGUGUCCAACUACAUGUUCGUGGCCAAGUGUUACGUUGAUCUUGAGGAAUCUCAGGAUGCUUGGAAAUUCUGCAACUUGGCAUUAUUACUGCCUAUUGUUACCAAAGAGGACAAGGACGCACACAAAGAGGUGAAAAAAAUAAUCUGUUCUUUGAAGAGUUUCAGGCGGAAAACACACAGGAAGAGUCGUGAGCACACGGACAAUGUCAAGUCAAAGAAUGUGGCCACCACGAAAGACUAGAUAGUGAAAAUAAAGCGUGCAAAACUGUAGUCCUCAAAGA